AGGUCUCGGUGUUUUCAGCAGAGCUUUCAGCCCAGCGCACAUCAGGCUGCAGCUCUUUUAAACCAGGGAUCUGUAAUUCACUGUAAAGGUUCCUGUUUUUUGAAAUUCACUGCACAAGGACUUCUUUCAUAUGUUUUCUGCGUCAUGUCUUUUUAUGUCGUCUGACUUUUUCCGUGUUUUGAUGUUUAUAUGAGGGGCAUUAACAGGCCCACCAUGGUUUUUCCAACAUAAAUCAUCAUUUUUUUCCUACGUUUUAGUGCAGGCUGCUUUCUGUUUACCUAUACGGGGGAAUGGGAGGACCUCAUUGGGUUUUUUUUAAGCUGUAAGUAGAUUUUCUGAAAGCGGAUAUGGGCCCGUUUUUUGCUCCACAGAUGGCUCUUUCGGAGGUGAAAGUACGGGAGCUGCGCUGCUUCACAUGAGCCGCUCAGGUUUCUGGUUUCUGGAGGACUUGCGACAUGGGCUGAGCUCCUGUGAUGGUUCUUUUCUCCUGAAAGCUGAUCAGUUAUCUGAGGAUGGACGACGGAAAACGGAGACGGAUAACAUUUUAAGUUUUCGUUAAAUAUCUUUCUCACCUUUUACACGCGGAGAGCGCGCACGCACCGGCACGGCACACCACAGCUUUCAGCGCACCAGACUGGAACUGAAGCAAAAUUUCCAGUCUCCAAAAGUUCAGGGUUUGACAGUGCUGUUUGGUGGUUGUGUGGUUUUUCUAGUAGUGAUUUUUUUUUCAUUGCAUUUGUAAUUUUUUAGAUUUAGCAGUUUAAAUGUAGAUUCUGUAAAGACUAAGUGACAAUGCGUCGUUUCGUGUCUGGUGUUAAACUCGGCGGGUGCAUGUAUGACAAUGUUAUAAAUUUAUAGCAGAAGAAGUGCGGUUUUGACCAAAAUAACUUACUAGAACUGGAUAGUGGGGUUUGAAAAUAUCCAUUUAACUUUCCGAGGCUCUGGUUUAACGCUCAGUUUUACAUUUUAAAUCCUUUUACGCACACAUUUUUUUCGCGCUUGGUUUUGGAGACGCAGCUUUAGUUACAGUCCAUCGGUCACUUCAAGGGGAAUAUCUCCGUCCCUCCCACUCCUCCCCGGACAAUGUGGCUCCCCCGCCUCUCGCUGCUGCUGCUGCUCCGGUUCUCCGGUGUGUUGCCGGUGGAGGGGAUCAACACGUGCCAGUCCAUCAACCUGGACGCGCAGAAGUCUCGGCGCAUCGAGGCGGUGCGCGGACAGAUCCUCAGCAAGCUGCGCAUCCGCAGCCCGCCGGACGACGAUGACGACGACGAGGCCCCGGUGCCCGGUUCGGUGCCGCCGGAGGUCAUGCUGCUCUACAACAGCACGCGGGAGCUGCUCAAGGAGCGUGCGCGUCUGGGCGAAUCGGCGUGCGAGCGCGAAAGCAGUGAGGAGGAUUAUUACGCCAAAGAGGUGCAAAGGAUCGACAUGAAGCCCCCCCGCACCGACACCAAUGUGGUGCAGCCGGUAGCGCCCAACCCCCAUUACAGAGUCGUCCACUUCGAUGUCAGCGGUGUCGACCUGACCAACAGCACCCUGGUCAAGGCUGAGUUCAGGAUCUUCAGAGCUCCCAACCCGCAGGCCCGGGCCUCGGAGCAGAGAGUGGAGAUCUAUCAGUUGCUAAAGCCAGAUGAAGAAAGCACCUCCACUCAACGUUACAUUGAAUCCCGCACCCUUCAGCCAAGGGCCAAGGGAGCCUGGAUCUCAGUGGAGGUCACCGAAACCAUUAAGGACUGGGUAUCAGAUCCAGAGAAUAAUCUUGGCCUAAAACUGGGUGUCCACUGUCCCUGCUGCACCUUUGUCCCAUCCACCAACAAUAUCGUUCCCAACAAGAGUGAGGAGCUGGAGGCCUUGUUUGCUGGUUUGGAUGAUGAGCGGCUGCGACAGAUGAGAAAACCCGGUCAGGUUAAAGGCCAGGCGGACUUCAGCACCAAGACGCCACACCUCAUACUCACGCUGCUGCCCAGUGACAGAGUGGACAACCCGGCCAAGAAGAACCGCAAGAAGAGGGCGGCGGCCACAGACACCACAACCUGUGCUCGUGGCUCAGACCAGGGUUGUUGCCUGCGCUCGCUCUACAUCGACUUCAGGCGUGACCUCAACUGGAAGUGGAUCCAUGAGCCAAAAGGUUACAAAGCCAACUUCUGUGCCGGCAACUGUCCAUAUCUCUGGAGUGCCAACAACCACUACAACAUGAUCCUGCCGCUGUACAACAAGCUGAACCCUGAAGCCUCCGCCUCGCCCUGCUGCGUUCCUCAGGACCUGGAGCCCCUCACCAUCAUGUACUUCAUAGGCCGCACACCACGUGUUGAGCAGCUCUCCAACAUGGUCGUCAAAUCCUGCAAGUGCCGCUGAGGGAGGCAAGUUCAGACGGAGCAGUGAGGGAGGCAGAGAGGAAGAGAAUGAUGACAGGACCAAAGCUACAAACUGCUUCUCUCAGGGGGGAAUAAAUUGAGGAGGACCGACGGAUCCUCUGUUCAUUAAGCUUCGCUCGUUGAUCACCUUUGGCAGACUUUUGAGAUGUUAUUUUUUUACGCUACCUGACUCAAAUAUCAGGAUUUUGCUCCCAGUUUUCGCAGGCAUGACACCUUCUUCACUCUCUGGAACUUUCCGUUUGAUAUAGGACACUGUAAAUAAGACGACAUAGCUCUAUUAAACCUGUACUUGGAUAUUGAAAUUAAAAGGCGGUCUUGUGUAAUUUGGCCACGUUUGGCGCGCCUGCUACAGAAAAAGGAUUCUUUUUAUCAGGAUUUUGAUGCUGCCUCUGUCGUAUUCCUGCGGCCGUGGGCAGCGGAGUGCGCCAGACUGUUUGCUUUAGGUUUGAAGGUGUUGAUAGGAAGGAGGCGGUGUGGAAAAGGCUGCAGACUGAGAUCUUUAGGCAGAGGAAGCAGGGAACAGAUAGAAAAGAGAGAGAGGAGCUGUGUCCAGGCAGAGGCUGUGCCAGCUCUCUGCGGUCCCCGGCUGAAAUCUGCCCGGCGUAAACAGGAUGUGAAAGAUUUCCAGACACCAACCCGACCACUCACGGAACGCUAGAUUUAAAUGCUCCCCUCAUCUCCUCUGUCUCUCUCUCUCUCUCUCUGCUGCUCGAGGUUCUGGGAUUUGUGGUGGGAGGAGAGAGGGAGAAAAGAGAGGCUUUGAAAAUGAGACGUGGGAUGGAUGAUAGGGCUGUAUUUGGAAUGGCUGCAAGUUUGGAAGGUGGUAUUUUGCAGCCUUAGCAAAUUUGUAACUAUUUGGGUCUGGCUCAAACAUUCCAUAAUCACACUCUCGUGCUCGUUUUCUGAAUGUGCAUUCAUUAUCUUAUUGUAAAAAGCUGUUGACUCAUUGCUGAUCCUGUGCUGUGAUUAUAUUUUGUCAUACCUAUGUUUACCAUCAGCCCCACUGAUUCACUCAGUCUCUCUCUCUACACCCAAGUGUCCACAUUGACCACUUUUGAUAGAAUGUCUAAAUGCUGAAAAUAAAAAACAUCCCCAGGGCUCAUUUUAAAUAUAGGCUCUCUGGUAUGCCAGUGGUUUGUGUGUGAGAGGGAGACAGAGAGCGACUGGGUGUGUGUGUUCGUGUAUGUGCGUGUUUGUGUGUGUGUGCAGCUGGUGAGGUCAUGCGUGAUAGUACAGACAUUAUUCCUCAGCUUUUAUUGUAAAUUUUUAUUGUGAUUGUCUAUAAAAAAAACGUCUGCAGCAGAUGUUCGCUCUGUGACCCUGCUAAAAGUGA